GUAUGGGCGGGUCUGUGUCUGGUCAGACCGCAACCAUCUUUCUGCUUUCGCAAGACCCUGGGAUCCCUUGGCGAUCACCACGACGGUGAUGCUGCGGCUCCGCUACGGUGCGACUGCGAUGCCGUCCCCCACCGCUCUUCUCUCCUCCUCCUCCUCCCCCUUCUCUUCUCUUCCGCUCCUCCGAAAACCUAACUACAAUAUUUCUGCCUCGCCCCGCUCCGAUCGCAGGCGCUUCGAUGGAGUCCUCUUCGCCUUCACCGCCCGCCGCCUCGGCUGCGACGUCUCCCUCCGCUGCUUCGCGUCCUCCAUCGCCACCGUGGAUCGGAUCAAAGUCCAGAACCCCAUCGUCGAGAUGGAUGGCGAUGAGAUGACGAGGGUCAUCUGGAAAAUGAUAAAGGAAAAGCUUAUAUAUCCGCAUUUAGAUUUGGACAUCAAAUAUUUUGAUCUGGGGAUCUUGAAUCGAGAUGCCACCGAUGACAGGGUUACAGUUGAAAGUGCGGAAGCCACCCUCAAGUAUAAUGUUGCUGUGAAAUGUGCAACAAUAACUCCUGAUGAAGCUAGGAUGAAAGAGUUUAAGCUCAAGUCUAUGUGGAGGAGCCCCAACGGCACAAUAAGGAACAUCUUAAAUGGAACAGUCUUUCGUGAGCCAAUUCUCUGUCUCAAUAUACCACGAAUCAUUCCAGGUUGGAAGAAACCUAUAUGUAUUGGGAGGCAUGCAUUUGGAGAUCAGUAUCGGGCAACUGAUAUGAUUGUUAAAGGUCCAGGAAAGCUUAAAAUGGUUUUUGUCCCAGAGAAUGGUGAUGUGCCUGUAGAGCUGAAUGUUUAUGAUUUUAAAGGGCCUGGUAUUGCAUUAGCUAUGUAUAAUGUAGAUGAGUCUAUUCGAGCUUUUGCUGAGUCAUCAAUGUCAAUGGCAUUUUCCAAAAAAUGGCCGCUUUACUUGAGCACAAAAAAUACCAUUCUGAAGAAAUAUGAUGGCAGGUUUAAGGACAUCUUUCAGGAGGUAUAUGAAGAGAAAUGGAAGGAAAAGUUUGAAGAACAUUCUAUUUGGUAUGAGCAUCGGCUGAUUGAUGACAUGGUGGCUUAUGCCUUGAAAAGUGCUGGUGGCUAUGUGUGGGCCUGCAAAAACUAUGAUGGAGAUGUUCAGAGUGAUUUCCUUGCGCAAGGCUUUGGUUCGUUAGGAUUAAUGACGUCGGUUCUGUUGUCAUCUGAUGGGAAAACAUUGGAAGCUGAAGCAGCUCAUGGGACUGUGACACGACAUUUCAGGUUGUAUCAGAAGGGACAGGAGACUAGUACAAACAGCAUUGCUUCCAUAUUUGCAUGGACACGUGGACUUGCUCACAGAGCAAAGCUUGACAAACACGACCGGUUGCUAGACUUUGUUCAGAAGCUUGAGUCUGCAUGUGUUGAAACAGUGGAGUCUGGUAAAAUGACGAAGGAUCUUGCACUUCUUAUCCAUGGUCCCAAGUUAUCAAGGGAACUUUACUUAAACACCGAGGAGUUCCUUGACGCUGUUGCUCAAAAUCUCAAAGAGAAGAUCCAAUCAGCAGCAGUUUUAUAAGCAGUAUUUCAUUUGCAAGAUGGCUAUGCAUGUCAGCAGGAAGCAUUUUGCAAGCACAGUUCCAUUGAAGCCUGGGUCGGAAAAGUAUCCGAAGCGAGCACGGUAUGCGUCUUUUUUUUCCUGAACUGCACGUGGAGAAGAGGAAAAAUGACGUUGCCUAGCGUUUGAGUAGACCUGUCCCAAAUUCCUUGUACACAUGAGGCUCAUCAAACUUCCAGUUGUUCUUUUGGUGGCAUCAUAUUUGGAUGUUCACAGUUUACACAGAAACAUUUGUAUGGUUCAAGCCGAAACUAGUUCAGCCCGGAUUUGUCAUGGAACUGGAUGGGCAUUCUAGGAUUUGAUUUUGGGAA